AUGUCGCUCCUCUCCAACGUCGUCGGAUUUUCUCUCAUUGGGCUACUCGCGCGCUUCGGCCAGCUGGGCAUUCAGAAGCGCAACAUCUUCUCGAACAUGGGUGGCCACGCCAUUGCCAUGGUGGCUUUCGGCACUCUGGGAUACGGGGCGUAUCACUGGGACCAGCGCGCGGCAGUCCUACUGGAGGAGAAGCGGGCAGAGAUCGCAGAGCGUAGGCAACGAAAGGUGGAGGCGGCGCAGUCGAAUUGA